UCAGUCCCCCUCCGGCCAGUCCCGCCUUGCGCGCCCAUUUCGAUCACGAGUUUCAAGCCCGACUCUCCGGGCUCGGGGAAGCCGGCCCAGCUUUUGCAGGACUGCGUCCCCGGGCGGCGGCCAUGGGGGCGGGGGCGGCGCCGCUGGAGGGUUACUACUUCUCGGCGGCCCUGAGCUGUACCUUCUUAGUGUCCUGCCUCCUCUUCUCCGCCUUCAGCCGGGCGCUGCGGGAGCCCUACAUGGACGAGAUCUUCCACCUGCCGCAGGCGCAGCGCUACUGCGAGGGCCACUUCUCCCUCUCGCAGUGGGACCCCAUGAUUACUACGUUGCCUGGCCUCUACCUGCUGUCGGUCGGGGUGGUCAAACCUGCCCGUUGGAUCUUCGGAUGGUCUGAACAUGUUGUCUGCUCCAUCGGAAUGCUCAGAUUUGUGAAUCUUCUCUUCAGUGUUGGCAACUUCUAUUUACUGUAUUUGCUUUUUCGCAAGGUACAACCCAGACACAAGGCUGGCUCAAGUGCCCAGAGGAUCUUGUCAACAUUAACCCUAGCAGUAUUUCCUACGCUCUAUUUCUUUAACUUCCUUUACUAUACAGAAGCAGGAUCCAUGUUUUUCACUCUUUUUGCCUAUUUGAUGUGUCUUUAUGGGAAUCAUAAAACGUCAGCCUUGCUUGGAUUUUGUGGCUUCAUGUUUCGUCAGACAAAUAUUGUCUGGGCUGUCUUCUGCGCAGGAAACGUCAUCGCACAAAAGUUAACGGAAGCUUGGAAAACUGAGCUGCAAAAGAAGAAGGAAGAGAGGCUUCCCCCAAUCAAAGGACCGUUUUCAGAAUUCAGGAAAAUUCUUCAGUUUCUUUUGGUUUAUUCCAUGUCCUUUAAGAACUUGAGUAUGCUUCUCAUCUUGACUUGGCCGUACAUCCUCCUACUGUUUCUGUUUUGUGCUUUCGUGGUAGUUAACGGUGGGAUUGUUGUUGGCGAUCGGAGCAGUCAUGAAGUCUGUCUGCAUUUCCCCCAGCUCUUCUAUUUUUUCUCUUUCACUCUCUUUUUUUCCUUUCCUCACCUACUCUCUCCUAGCAAAGUGAAAGCUUUUCUUUGCUUAGUUUGGAAACGUAGAAUUCAGUUUUUUGUGCUCACUUUAGUCUCUGUAUUUUUAGUUUGGAAAUUCACUUACGUUCACAAAUACUUAUUAGCAGAUAACAGGCAUUACACUUUCUAUGUGUGGAGAAGAGUUAUUCAGAGAUAUGAAAUUGUGAAAUAUUUGCUAGUUCCCGUCUAUAUAUUUGCUGGUUGGAGUAUAACUGACUCAUUGAAGUCAAAGUCCGUUUUCUGGAACUUAAUGUUUUUCAUAUGCUUAGUUGCUGUUAUAGUGCCUCAGAAACUGCUAGAAUUUCGUUACUUUAUUUUACCUUAUGUUAUUUAUAGGCUUAACAUACCGCUGCCCCCAAUAUCUAGACUUGUUUGUGAAUUAGUUUGCUAUGCAGUUGUUAAUUUCAUAACUUUUUAUAUCUUUCUGAACAAGACUUUUCAGUGGCCAAAUAGUCAGGAUACUCAGAGGUUUAUGUGGUAAUAUCACAGAUACCUUGAACUCUCAAAUAGAUUUCCACAUUUCCACAUGAGCAACUGAACAGGUGAAAAUUAUGAACUUUCUUUUAGGCACAGUGGUGAUCCUCCGAUCACUUCAGAUGUUUUAUUUUUAAACAUCGGCUGUAUGUGUUUUAAACAUAUAUAACAAAUCCAAGGGAAUUAAGUGGUAAAAAACUUAGAAACAUUUAAGACUUGCUCCAUAAGCCUGAGCAAUACUGGGAAAAUAAAAUUGUUUACAAUUAUCUCAUGAUAACACUUUUGUACUGCUGGCCACUCAAAAAGCUUGGGAACUUUUUAUAGAUACAAGUUUAAGAAAAUUGGGCAUGCAUUGUAAUACUGGAACUUAUGUAUUAGUUCUCAAAAAGCAAUAGUAGACAGAAUAUUUGAAAACUGUUUGCAAAUGAUCAGGCAAUAUUCUUGAUUGAAAAGUUGCUUAACAUUUCAGUAAAUAUAAUUUUAAUCAUAAGGCAAAAUAGACUCACAUCGAUAGUAAGUGUUAGACAUUCCAGGCUCAUCUUUGUCUACCCAUGAUUGAAGUUACUGGUUUUGGUUAAAAAUCUAGGAAUGAUGAAGCUCUUUCCCUAAUUUCUAAUGUGAACUAUGUGAUGGCCACAGAUAAAUUGUGUUGAUGAUAAUACCUUUAAAAAGGGGUUUUCUUUUUGGAAUAUGUUACUGUACUAGUUUUCUGUGGUUGCCGUAACAAAUUACCACGAACUCUGUGGCUUAAAAAUAUUUCUCACAGUUCUGGGGGCCAUAAAUCUCAAAUUAUGGUGUCGGCAGUCUUGGUUCCGUCUGGAGGCUCCGGGAGAACCACUCCCGUGCCUCUCUCCUGGCUUACGGUGGCUCUCUGCAGUCCUUGCUGUCCUCGGACAUAGAUGCAUCACUGCAGUCUCUCUGCCCUUAUCUUGACACGGCUUUCCCAACUGUCUUCUCUUCUUUAUCUUACAGGGACAAUGCCGAUGGCCUCAUGAUGACAGUAUUAAUUCAGUUAUACCAAUGGCGACCCUUUUUCCAAAUAAGAUCACGUUUACAGGUUCCAAGCAGGCAUGUCUUUUUGUGGGGCACUUCAACCCACUAAAGUUACCAAAGGAGAUUUUAGGAUAAAUUUCAUAAAAGUAUAGGAUAUAAUUUCUUUGCUGAGAUAGUUGAAAUAAAAUUUUAAUCUUUACUGAGAGGUUAAAAACACUAACUUUCAAGGCCAAAUAUAAAACUAAAGGUAACUGGUAUUUGAUUCCAUUAUACAAGAAAAGUUAGCAUUGAAAGGAAGUUUAGAAAUUAUUUGAUCUAAUCUUAUUUCAUAGAUUGGGGAACAACUGAUCUAAUCUUGUGUGUUGGUUUUUGGAUUCUGUGUCUGCUAUUUUGAGUACAUUCAUUUGAUUAUCAUUCCAUUACGGAAAAGUAUUUGGACAUGUUAACUCACAUGUAUACUUAGAACUGUGAAUAGAAUUCAUCUUUUAACUCAUUUUAUGUUUUGUAAACAUUUUUAAAUAGUUGUGUGAACCUAUUUGUCUUAAAUGUUGACUAAUGCUUUCUCUGGGUUUUAAAUAAUGAGUGGAAUUGGAAAGUAUUCUGUGUUUGCAAAUAUAAAAUUGUGUACAGGUGAAAAUGACAAGUGUGGUGGAGCAAUAAAUAAAGAGCAAUCUUGUACUCUGCUCAGUAUUUAGAAAGUAGAUCUACUUUUCAGUUAUAACAGUGAUUGCAGGACAGAUGUUCUUACCCAAACUUUUUUUUUUUUAACUAGAUAAGAAAGCACACUCAAAGAAAUUAUUAUUUCUAAUGACAAUCUGAAUUCCAGGAAGUCAAAAUUAAAAAAGAAAUGUGUAAUUUAGGAAAAACAGCUUUCUUGUCUGAUACUGAAUAUGAAUGUGUUAAGGAAUAUUUCUGAGACUGAAAAACUUUUCCUCUCUAAUCUAGUCAAUAAGGCAAAAAUGUGGAAACCAUUCCUCUCUAAUCUAAUCAAUAAGGCAAAAAUGUGGAAACCAUUCCACCCCAUAAAUUGGGGGAAUCACUAUUCCAGUUAAUUUUAAGUUCCUAUUCUGUUAAAAGAUGUUUUGGAUAAAAAUCUACAUUCAGAGAAAACAGGUUAAUCUUAGUUGGUUUUUUUUUUCUAUAAAGUACAGAAAGUAUAGUAUUUAACAUUUUAGAAAAGACUGCUGUGAAUUAGAAGGUGUUAUAGAUCAUUGCUUUUAGGAAUAUCCUGAGUGAUCUUUGUGUUUUGAACAUUUUUCAGGAGAUAACAAAUAGAUGUUUUUGACAUGAAGUUUUAAAAAAUUGGACUUAAUUUAAUUUCUUGAUUAGAAGGUGAUUUAAAAAAAAAGAGCCGGUAGAGACUUGCAAUUAUUGGUUUUAAGUAUAUAAGUCGGAUUAUGUUAAAGAAUGUCAGACGGAUUUAGUACAUAAUAUGUUUUAGUACAUAAAUGUUGGAACUUUUUUUCCUUCUGUGAAAUUUCAUAGCUGAGUAUUAUCUUUAUAUAGCAUAUAGCAUUCGUAAGGUUCCAGUAUGCUGUUUCCUCACAUAUUGUGUGUUUUCUCUUAGCGGAUACCCAGAAAUCUUUUCUAUUGCAUCUGACUGUGUAUUUAAAUUCUUUGGAACUGUGGUUCCUGAGGUUAAACAUAGCAUGUCAUUUGGCAAGAGAAAUUUUGUUAGCUCUCUGGCCUCUUCCUCCUCUUCUUAAAGAUAUUUCUGAAAUGUGCUUAGUCUAUUAUUAUGAGGUACCUUAAUACAAAGAGUUUAAUGCAAUCUAUUUUUAUAAACAAGUAGCUUACUAUAGUACAUUUCUAGUUUGAGUUUAACUGCCACAAGAAGAGAAGAGAUCCUCAGUUUUUAUUUAUACCCCCAAAUAGAUGAUUAUAUUAGGUACUUUUAUUUAUUAUUUUUUUAAAUUUUUAAAUUACAGUUGACAUAGAAUAUUAUAUUAGUUUCAGAUGUACAGCCCCCUAAUUAGACAUUCAUGUAACUUACGAAGUAAUCACUAUAAUAAAUCUAGUACCCAUCUGAACACAUACAUGCUUGUUACAAUGUUAUUGACUAUAUUCCCUAUGCUGUAAUUUACAUCCUUGUGACUGUUCUGUAACUAACAAUUUGUACAUUUUAAAUCCCUUCACCUAUUUCACCCAGCUUCCAACCCCCCUUCCCAUCUGGCAACCAUCAAAAUGUUCUCUGUAUCUGUGUAGACUCAAUUUCUAAAAUAAAAUGUUCAUAUA